AUGUUCUCAUCGUUCUCCUCUUUCUCCAAUCCCUUCAGUGUGCCCCGCUUCUUAGGAGGCAACCCUGGGACAGCAAUCGACAUUGAGUCUGUCGAGGUCCACCAAGUCGAGACAAAACACGAAAAGCGAGCACGAACGCUGAAGCACCUACUUAAGCUUAACCAUGCAAAUCACUCCAUUGUCUACCACAAUCUCCAUUUCCACAAUCACAUGCCCCAUGUACUCGGAUCCGCUUAUCUCGUAGGAGGUGACUCGGAUCAUCUCAAUGCUAUAUACGAGAAAGAACACAAAGAGCUGGAGCCAUGGAAGGAUUCGCCAGGAGAGAUCUCUACAUACGAUUGGCGAGAUUACUUGGGUGAUCGGCAGUACCAAAGAGCUUACGUCGACUUCUUCGAAGACCAACUCGUCCUCAAUGGUUACGAUUGGAGAAAGGUGCUGAGCGAAUAUCUCUUCACCGGCAAAGAGCCACUCAUAAAUUGCAUGAUCGCUGGACUUGGCCACCCUCUCAUCCACCUAGGCUACGCAUUCGAGCUUUCUUCUCGCGAAUUGGCCAUGGAAGCACUCGGCCUAGCUGCUACCUCAUACAACUUCCUGCACAAAUACCUCGACAACCCCUCCUAUACAAAGCCAUCCACCUACAGCACCUCCUCCCCGAUUGAGAUCCUUCAGAAGGUUGCCGAAGACAAGCGCUUCGAUAAUUUGUUCGACCACCAAGGCGCCGACAACAUUGAGCCCCUGUUUGAAGAUCAUGAGACAGCAGUGCUGGAGCAUUGGAGUGCUUGGCAAUUACCAAACCCAAAGAAGCAAUUCGAAGAUAGCCAGUAUGCAGCCGUUGCUCUAUUGGUUGCCACCCAUGAGUAUGGGAGCAGCAGAUCGUACGACUUCUUCCUUGUACACUUACUCACAACAAGCCAUGCUGUACGGAUCCUUCUCCCUCUGAUACCCGCAAAGUUCCAUGUGGCACUGGUGAGGCAAUGGUGGUUGCUUACAUUGGCGGUGUAUAUCGCGCAAUUACGACCCAAGAUCGAGUUGAGGAACAUUACAAAGUAUGAUACUCAAGGCAAAGAUUGGAUGUGGGUGGACAAAGAAGCCGUGGAGGGAAAACGGUCUUUAGAUGCGCAUUUUGUAAAAGGGUUAAGAGCUAUGAAAGAGGCAGCACAGACAUGGGGAGAUAGCGAGCAAUAUUACUUGAAGGCGGCCUGUAGGCUCGGAGGAGAAUUCGAUGGAUGGGGCGGAUUUGGGCCGUUGGAGGCUGGCGGACGUAGGGGCAGUGCGACCGGACAUUGA